AUGUCAAACAACGGUUUUGAUGACAACACACGAGAAACACAAGAAGAAGACAUGUUUGAAGAUGAAAUUCCGUUCGAUGACGAAGAUGAGAACGAUGAAGGAGAAGAUUUAUUUGCCGAUGAUGUUUUAGAAGAAGAUUAUCGAGCCGAACCCCAUGAAGAGGAUUUUUAUGAUGAACAAUACAUUGAUAACGAAGAAUAUCAGCCCAUGAGUUAUCAUGAAAGAAUGAGAGCUGAAGAGCAAAUGCAAAACCGAGAAGCGGAGGAGGAAACGGAAAACGAAGUGGAACAGGCACUCCAGAGAAAUGAAAGAAAAAGUUGGAGUGCCGCUGAUAAUGCCGUCUUUCACACCUUGUUCAAUGACGACGAAAACAAUGACGAAGAAAAUAAUGAUGCCUUCAAUGACGAUGAUGAAGAUGAAAAUGAUGGUCGGUUCGAAGAUUUAUUGAACAAUCUUCGAGAACAGCUGACCAUCAGCAAAAAGCGAGAUCGAAUCGUGAAAGCAUUCAAGAAGUUUUUCACGGAACAAAAAAAGGAUGUCUAUAUGGAAGCCAUCAAAAAUGUGGUGGCCAAUAACAAGAAGUCUCUUGUUGUCAACUUUUCUGACCUUUCAGUAGAGCCAUUUCUGUUAAUAUUCCUUACAGAGGAACCUGAUGCAAUCAUUGAAAUUAUGGAAGAAGCUCUCAGACAAAUUGUCAAUCGAUAUUUCCCAAAUUAUGCUGGUUUUACUCUUGACAAGGACGAAAUAAUUCAUGUUCGUAUCAAGAAUCUGCCAGCUGUUGAAUCCAUUCGAGACCUCAGACAUUCUACUUUGAACCAAUUGAUCGCUGUUCGAGGAGUGAUCACAAGAAGAACUGCCAUGUUCCCUCAGCUAAAACUUGUAUCCUAUGAUUGUGUCAAGUGUGGUGAACGAUUGAAUCCUGUGACUGUUCGAAGUGCCUCCGAAGUUGCAAAGCCAUCCAGCUGCCCUGGCUGUGCAGGAAAGAAUUGUUUUGUCAUUAAUGAAGCCAAGACGCUCUACUCCAAUUAUCAAAAGAUUACCAUUCAAGAGCCACCAGGUACUGUCCCCGCAGGAAGAAUUCCUCGAUCCAAAGAUGUAAUUUUAACAAACGAUUUAAUUGAUUGUGCAAGACCUGGAGAAGAAGUCAUUGUAGUAGGAGUUUUUAAACAAAAUUAUGAUGCUUUCCUCAAUGUUAAACAAGGAUUUCCAGUCUUUGCGACAAUAAUUGAAGCGAAUUACGUUGAGAAAUUAUUUGACAAGAGAAAUGAGGCCAUCACUAAAGAAGAUGAACGAAAACUGCAAGAAUUGGCCAGAAAUCCUUACAUUUUCGAGAAACUUGUGAAAUCCAUUGCUCCCUCAAUUUUUGGCCAUGAAGAUAUCAAAAGAGGUAUUGCUUUGAGUUUAUUUGGAGGAGUUCGAAGAGUUUCAGCAGAACACACUACAAGAGGUGACAUCAAUGUACUUAUUCUAGGAGAUCCAGGAAAAGCCAAAUCUCAAUUUUUGAAAUAUAUUGAAAAAACAGCCACUCGAGCAGUUUAUACAACAGGUAAAGGUUCUUCAGCAGUAGGUUUAACAGCUGCUGUCAAGAAGGAUGCAAUUACUGGUGAAUGGACUCUCGAAGGAGGUGCUUUAGUGCUGGCCGAUGAAGGAGUUUGUAUGAUUGAUGAGUUCGACAAAAUGAAUGACCAAGAUAGAACCUCUAUCCAUGAAGCCAUGGAACAACAGAGUAUCUCAAUUUCAAAGGCAGGUAUUGUCACUACACUUCAGGCUCGAUGUGCUGUCAUUGCUGCAGCCAAUCCUAUCAAAGGGAGAUAUGAUACAUCCAAAACAUUCCAUCAGAAUGUUGAACUAUCAGAACCUAUUCUCUCUCGAUUUGACAUUCUUUUCAUUGUAAGAGAUAUAGUUGACGAAAAAAUUGACGAAAACUUGGCACUGUUUGUUGUGAAUAGUCACUUCAAAAACCAUCCCGUACAAGCUGCUAUUAGAAAAACUCAAGAGCAACAAGCUGCCAUACGAGAACUUCUUGAUGAAAGAGAUGGAAAGAAGGAUGAUGAAGCAUAUCUCCAAAAUAGAGAUCCAAUACCUCAAGAAAUGCUAAAGAAAUACAUCAUUGUUGCAAAGAGACUACGUCCUUCUCUUGCUCUUGCCAACCAUGAGAAAAUUACUCAAUUUUAUUCAGAGUUGAGAACUCGUUCUGAAGAAGGAAGUGGUUUAACCAUCACAGCAAGACAUUUGGAGUCCAUUAUUAGAAUGGCUGAAGCAAGUGCCAAGAUGCAUUUGAGGUCCUCUGUCACUGAUAGCGACGUCAACACAGCCAUCUCUGUCAUGUUGGAAAGUUUUAUUUCAACUCAAAAAUACUCUGUCGCUGGCUCUUUGAAACGAAAAUUCAAAAGAUAUCUCCAGUCUCCAACAGAUGACCAUCAAUUAUUGUUACACAUUCUCAAUGAGAUGGUCAAAGCUAAAAUUUCUACAAUGUUCGAUGAAGACGAGGAAAACGACACUGAAAUUAGCAUUUCCAUUAAGGAAUUCAAGAAUGAGGUCGCUAAAAACAGAAUAUUCGACAUUUCUACCUUUUUGGACAAUGAAGAGUUGUUGGCAAAGAAAGGUUUCUCCAUUCGGGAGAACAAAAUUAUUUGGACUCCACCACAACAAUAG